AUGGAAGGUUCAAUUUCUAUUUUAAAUGACAUGUUGGAGUCACCAUCCGACGCGUCUUUUGGACUAGCACAACUAGACUUGUUUCUUUUAGACCUACUUCCAGAUAUUGAGCAGUAUCAAAAUAACCACACAUUGUCUCCACAGUUGGAAGAGUUGAUCAAACUACAAGACAGUUUUGGGUAUAAUCUCACUACGCGUCUCGUCAAAUUAUACAAUUUAGAAUUAUCCAUAAAGGACAUUGCACUAUUGAAUGGAAAUUUACAAGUACUAUUGUUGUUGCAUCCCAAGUCAAAGACUGUUUUCAAUUGUGAUAGGAAUAUGUCCGGGAUUUUAGAUGUGUUGAAUAAAUACAAGGGAGAUAAGUUUGUCAUUAUUUCAACUAUAACAACAUUGAUACAUAUUUUAUUAAAAGAUUAUAAUAACUAUCGCAGUUUUGAGAGAGGUUUUGGGUGCCCGUUGUUGAUUCAGCAUAUAACAUUAGAUACUAUAGAUGAUAUAACCGUGGAUGAUGCACCACAGUCUAGUUCCGGCUCAUCGCAUAAAGCUAACAUGCUCUAUUCGGAGGAACAACUAUUGAAUUUCAAAAUAAUAGAGUUUUUGAUGCUUUACAUGAGUGAAGAGAUUGGCAAUCCUGAUCCAUACACUGUCGAAAUGAAGACGGACUUGUUUAGGGACGAGUUACCAGAGAUUGACUUCUUAGUGCAAAGUUUAAAUGAAUUAAAUAAACUAUAG